ACUUCACCCGCACACUUCCCGCCGAGCUGCCAGAGAGCCGCCGCUGCUCCACGCCUCUCCAUCUCCACCUCCACCUCCGCGCCGCGCUGCCUUCUGCUCUGCGCGCCCAGCUGUGCGUCCACUGCGCGCCCCGGAGCUCCGACCAAGACUGAAGCUGAACUGUUCAACAACUCCCGGAGAUCAGGAGUAAACCAGGAAUAUGACUUCUAAAGCGAUGGAGUGUCUGAACCUGUCGGAGGAUCAGGUCAGAGUGCUGGAGGACAAUUUUAAAGUCACCAGGCAUCCGGACGGGAUGACGCUCACGUUGGUGGCUGCGGAGUGCGGGCUGUCAGAGGAGGAAACACAAAAAUGGUUUAAGCUACGUAAUGCACAGUGGAGGCAGGCGGAGGGUCUUCCAGCUCAACGCGGAUCAGUGUUGGAUUGAGACGGAGAAGAAUCUCCUGGGUGCCUGAAGCUCUACGUAGAGUCUACGCUGACCUUGUUUCUCCUGGACGAACUGACUCCACCACCUCUUCCUCAUACACCUCCCCACCAUGUCUCUCUUUUUGUAUCUAUGAAGCUAUUUUAACUUACUGUAAGGAAUGUGAAGGUGUUUCUGUGUUGUUGCCAAUAUAAUCACCAUGUUUACAGAAAUAAACAUAUUGUUAUUA